GUUUCUUCGAGAAGCCUAAGCAAGAAGAACGUUCUUCUCCUUCUUCCUUUCUUUUCAUUUUUUUUAAUUUUUUAUUUCCUAACCAGUUGCGACCCUUCCCUCGCUCUUUAAAUUGCUCCGCUGCUAGCCUGCUCUGCUAUAUAUAUAUAUAAAUCGAUCGGGGGUGGCAGACUGGCAGUAGGUAAAACAGAGGGGGUUGGCUUCCUCUUUUUAUCUCCAGCCGCAUUGUUGGCCCUGUCUCUUUGAUGGGACGGGUGUUCAGGUGAGAGGUUGAGAUCUCAACUGCGUCUAGGUGUUCAAGUCCCUCUUUCUCUUUCUCUCUCUUUCUCGUUCUCUUUCUCUUCGGUCUUUCCUUGUCGUAAUCCUCCGAGGGCGUCGACCGAAUGACCGACAGUCCAGCUCCACUGCAUUCACUUGCGUAAUUCCCCAGCAGAGCUCAUAGCAACGAACAAUCAAUCAUAGAGAAAAGGGAGAAAAAGAAAAACAGAGAGAAGGGAGAGAGGGAAGGCCCUUAUAAAUCUCUCCAGAUCAGCCCCCCGGCGGCCAUUCCCAAUCUCUUCUUUCACCUUCCUCCUCCUCCUCCUCCUCCGGAGAGAGAUCAUGGAGACGGCAUCGUCGACGGCGCUGCUCCCGGAGGCGUUCCAGGGGGCUCGGGACGACAUCACGGAGCAGAUGGGGCUGGUGUGGCAGCAGAUCAAGGCGCCGGUCAUCGUUCCGCUGCUCCGCCUCGCGGUGUUCCUCUGCCUGGCCAUGUCGCUGAUGCUGUUCGUGGAGAAGGUCUACAUGGCCGUCGUCAUCGUCAUCCUCAAGCUCUUCGGGAAGUGCCCCGAGAAGCGCUACAAGUGGGAGCCAAUGCGGGACGACCUCGAGCUCGGCAACUCCGCCUAUCCCAUGGUCCUCGUACAGAUCCCCAUGUACAACGAAAAAGAGGUGUAUCAGCUGUCCAUCGGAGCAGCAUGCGGGCUUUCAUGGCCGUCGGAUCGGAUCAUAAUCCAAGUGCUCGAUGAUUCCACCGAUCCUGUUAUUAAGGAUCUGGUGGAGCUGGAGUGCCAGCGGUGGGCGAGCAAAGGGAUCAACAUCAAGUACGAGAUCCGGGACAACCGGAACGGAUACAAGGCCGGGGCGCUCAAGGAGGGCAUGAAGCACAGCUACGUCAAGGACUGCGACUACGUCGCCAUCUUCGACGCCGACUUCCAGCCGGAGCCCGACUUCCUCUGGCGCACCGUCCCUUUCCUCGUCCGCAACUCAGAACUCGCCCUCGUCCAGGCCCGCUGGAAGUUCGCGAAUUCGGAUGAAUGCUUGAUGACAAGGAUGCAGGAGAUGUCCCUGGAUUACCACUUCACCGUGGAGCAGGAAGUGGGAUCCUCAACUUAUGCUUUCUUUGGCUUCAAUGGCACUGCUGGGGUGUGGCGGAUAUCAGCUCUCAAUGAAGCAGGAGGUUGGAAAGAUCGAACCACAGUAGAAGACAUGGACUUAGCUGUUCGAGCAAGCCUUAAGGGAUGGAAGUUCGUAUUCUUGGGAGACCUCAAGGUUAAAAAUGAAUUACCAAGUACUCUGAAGGCCUACCGUUAUCAGCAACACAGGUGGUCAUGCGGGCCAGCGAAUUUAUUCAGAAAAAUGUUGCUGGAGAUCGUGAGGAACAAGAAAGUAUCUCUCUUCAAGAAAGCACAUGUGAUCUACAAUUUCUUCUUUGUCCGGAAGAUUGUAGCUCAUAUUGUAACAUUUGUGUUUUACUGUCUGGUAAUCCCUGCAACUGUUUUGGUCCCUGAGGUGGAGAUACCAAAGUGGGGUGCAGUUUAUAUCCCCUCGAUCAUUACCCUUCUCAAUGCUGUUGGAACUCCAAGGUCUCUUCACUUGCUCGUCUUUUGGAUCCUUUUCGAGAAUGUCAUGUCUCUGCACAGAACAAAAGCAACUUUCAUCGGCCUGUUGGAAGCAGGGAGAGUGAACGAAUGGGUGGUCACAGAGAAGUUAGGAGAUGUUUCGAAAACAAAAGUGGCUGCCAAAGCAGCCAGGAAACCACGGAUCAAGAUAGGCGACAGGUUACAUCUGCUGGAGCUUGGAGUUGGAGCCUACCUCUUCUUCUGCGGGUGUUAUGAUGUGGCCUUUGGAAAGAACCAUUACUUCAUAUACCUCUUCCUCCAAGCAAUUGCUUUCUUCAUUGUUGGUUUUGGUUACGUAGGCACAUUUGUCUCGCAUUCCUAAUGGACCUUGGUUGGACAUAUUACCAAAGCCUUCAAUAUCCAUUGUCCUGCCAUCUCGUCUUUCUCAGGUCGUGCGUAGAAGCAUAAGCAACCUCAUUUGAUGUUUGCUGUCAUGGGGCAAACUCAUGAACAGAAGGCUACAUAAAUCUCCACUGUUGCGAAGCAUUCUUGCAUGGAAUUUGCAUGUGAAUAUUCUGUCAUAGAAGUACACAUUUGUCUACAGAAAUCUGUUAGAUACAAAGGAGAUCAUGAACGAUGAACAAGUGGGGAGUUUUGGGUCUCCUUCAUAGAAGCAGCAGUAGAGAAACAAGACUUUAAUCUGAAGGUGAUAAUGGGUAAAGAAGCACAUCUAGAUGGAUUGCGUUUGUCAGAUUUUUCAAAUUCUUUUCUCCUUUUCUUCGCAAGUGUAUGUCUGGGAAGGAAAAAACAAGGUGGUAACUUAAAAGUAAAUUUUGGAAUUGUCAUUUGCAUUUCUGUCUUAGCAUUUUGCUUUGUAAGAGAUGAUACAGUUGGUCAAUGUGGUGUCAAAUUUACUGUUCCAUGCUCUUCCUUCGGCUUUCUUCAUUUAGAUGAAUCUGAAACCCUUGUUACAAUACUCAGUCAAA